AUGGGGUCUGAAAAGCUUAGAUCUUAUGCAAACUUCUUUGAGAACUCUAUGCCUUAUUUUGCCAUGAUCCUUUUGCAGUUUGGCUAUGCAGGCAUGAACAUUAUAACCAAGCUUUCUCUCAAUGGUGGCAUGAGUCACUAUGUUCUUGUUGUUUAUCGCCACGCUUUCGCAACCAUCGCGAUAGCUCCGUUCGCCAUUAUCUUCGAAAGGAAGGCUCAACCAAAGAUUACAUUUCCAAUUUUCAUGCAAAUUCUUCUCCUAGCUUUACUUGGGCCAGUGAUAGAUCAAAACUUAUACUAUGCUGGGUUGAAAUUAACAUCUCCAACUUUCUCAUGUGCAAUGAGCAAUAUGCUUCCUGCAAUGACUUUCGCGAUCGCGGUUUUAUGCCGGAUGGAAAUUAUAAACAUGAAGAAGUUGAGAUGCCAAGCAAAGGUGGUUGGGACUUUAUUAACUGUGGCUGGAGCAAUGUUGAUGACAUUAUACAAAGGUCCUAUUUUGGAUUUGCUAUGGACUAAAGAUUCUCCUCAUAGUAAUCAAAUUUCAACAAACAUCACAAGAUCCUCAAGCAAAAAUAAUUGGCUCAUUGGUUCCAUUCUACUCAUAAUUGCUACACUUGCAUGGUCAUCUCUCUUUGUGUUACAAGCUAGGGCUAUAGAAACAUACAAGAAUCAUCAGCUAACACUCACAUCACUUAUAUGUUUCUUUGGAACACUUCUGGCUUUUGCUGCAACUUUGGUUAUGGAACACAAAGUUUCAGUGUGGACUAUUGGUUGGGAUAUGAAUUUAUUAGCUUCUGCAUAUGCUGGGAUAGUUGCAUCAAGUAUAUCAUAUUAUGUACAAGGAUUGGUAAUAAAAAAGAAAGGACCUGUUUUUGCAACUUCAUUUAGUCCUUUGAUGAUGAUCAUUGUGGCAAUUAUGGGUUCAUUUUUCCUUGCAGAACAGAUUUUUCUUGGAAGUGCAAUUGGUUCCAUCUUGGUUGUCAUAGGCUUAUAUUCAGUUUUAUGGGGAAAGCACAAAGAACAAUUGGAAAGUAAAGUGGCACCAGAUGAUAAACCAUUGCCCAUAAAGGGUGUUUGGGUGAAUGGAAAUAAAGGAACACUUUCUGAAGCCAUUGAUCAACUUAGUGAAGCAAAAUCAGAUCAGAAAGUAGAAUCAAACAUUUCUCUUGUUAUUAUAAAUUACAACAAAAGUUAA